AUGGGAAACUGUUGCAAAGCAGCAUCGUCAAUGGAGUGGGGUGGAGAGGAUUGGGAAUCUUUGAAGGUGCAUGACGAAGCUGUUCAUCAGAAUAAGGAGAAUGAUGUAUUGGGAAAGCUUAGAGAUUCUUGUGAUGUAAACGGGAAAGUGACGUUGAAAAUUUCAAGGAGGGAGCUAGCUGAGUUAUUAGGAGCGAUUCAACAGCCGCAGAAGCAGAUGAAGAAGAAGAAGAAGGAAUUAGGUUCUGCAGAAGAAGUUCUUUAUCGGUUAAUUAAAGCAAAAGAUCAUGGAAUUGUAAGUAAGCACUGGAAACCGAUGCUAGAGUCAAUUCCUGAAAGUUACUAA